CAAUUUUGUUCUUUUCUGCAUCCCUCUCUUCGUUCUCUAAUUAUUGAGAAUUUAGAAUGUAUGGCUACAUAUAUAUAUACAUAUAUAUAUAUAUAUAGUCAUUGCUUGAAAGAACGAUAUGUUCGAUGUAAAAGGGUAACUUUGUAAGAUGUAAUAAUUUUCGUUUGAAUGAACGUGUGUCCCUCUUUUUUUUUUUUCUCUCUUAUCUACACGUUCCAUUUAAAUGUUAAUCAUCAUACACAAUACACGCGUGCGCGCAUAUACACGCACAUACACAUACACACACACACACGGGUAUAUAUAUAUAUGAUAUGUGUGUAUGCGUGUGCGUAUAUGACUUAUCAUUUAGAGAUUUAAUCGUUAAAUAAGUAUGUAGAGAGUUUGAUCUAAUUGUAUAAAAGUUUUAUGCAUAUAUAUAUAUAUAUUAAAAAAAAAAAAAAAAAAAAAAAAAAAAAAGGAAAGGAAAGAAAGGUGUGUUAGCAGGGUGAAUACGUAACGCGUGUUAUUGCAUGUGAUUUUAUUGUAAUUGCUUUUUUUUUUUUUUUUUAAUUCCCUCCUUUACUUUCUUUCUUUUAUUUCUUCUUCUUCUUCUUCUUCUUCUUCUUCUUCUUCUUUUUUCUUUUUCUUUUUUCUUUAAUCUUUUCUAAAAUACUUUUAGAACAUAACGGCAAAGAGAAAUCGUCCUCGUUGUGUCCUCGUUGAAAUACGUAAAUAUGGAAAAGAAAGAAAGAAAGAAAAAAAAAAGAAAGAAAGAGAGAAAGAGUUAAUGCCAACUAUUGUUCUUCAUGUGUGUGUGUGUGUGUGUUAAAACGAGAGAACAAAUUUCUCUUAAAAUUUUCUUUAAUCGGCCAUAUUUCUCGUGUCACGCGAUUCCGCAAUAAACAUAAGUUAUUAAAGAUGUAUAAAGCCUUUUCGAACGUCCAUGAUUUAAGUGUUUAAAAAUUUUACUUUUUCUUUCUUUUUUUUUUUUUUGCCUUUUAUUCCUUUUAUUCUUUUUUUUUGUUUUUUCCCCCUUAACAAAAUUACAUUUCAACAGAAUUUCUCGAACGGAAUUCUUGUAAGUUCAUUGGAAUCUUGUAAAGUUACCUUCUUCGAUCACGAUUUAUACGGCAUCAUAAAAAGGGAGGAAGGAAAAAGAGACAAAAAUUAAAAGAAAAAAAGAAAAAAAAAGAAACUAAAAAAGAAAAAAGAAGAAAGGAAUGGAGGAAAAAAAAUAUCAUCGUUGAAUCCAAACGAUCGCAUUGUACACCAUGCGAAAUUUGUUUCAUGCACGCUCUCAUGCUUAUUAGUUACUUAUGCGAUUACAUGAUCACAUGAUAGUAAAUGAUCAAAUAAAUAUGUCGGAAAUGAACGGAGAGAGAGAGAGAGAGAGAGAGUAAGAGAAAAAAAAAGAAAAUAAUAUUUAAAAAGUUUUAAAAAGCUUCGCUUCGUGCUUCAAUUUCGCACCAAAGAAAAGAACGCACACACAGACACACACACACACACACACACACACAUAUAUACACGCGCGCUCGCACAGACAUACACCACACACACGCACACAGAUAUCUUACAUUUUACCUUGUUUUUUUUUUUGUUCUUUGUUCCGGAAAACGAGGAAACUUAAACAUGGGUAGCGGAAGUGUCGGGGAAGUUCCAACGAUAUUUCAUCCCCGACGAUCUCGUGCACCAAGUAUAGUCCUUAGCGAGGAUCAACAGAACCAUGGUCCAAUUGCCAGUCCUAUUCAAGUUGUGCUAGAUUCGACAGGGUGCGAACAACAACAAGGCUGUAGCGUCGCCGGUGGUUGUGGUGAUUCAGCGUCCAGCUGUAGAUCAUUAGAAACAAGUGGUAGCGGUGUAGGUUCUGGGACCGGUGGUACUACUGGUAUCGCUACUGGAAGUACUGGAGGACCUGGUGGUGGUGGUGGUGGUAGUGGUGGUGGUAGUGGUGGUGGUGGUGGAGGAGGAGGUCAAGGACACGGUUCCUUAAAUCAAACUCAGUCUACGUGUAACGUGACAACACCAUCUGUAGCUUAUCAACAAUCCAGACCGAACAAACUCUCGGCCUGUUAUGCAUCCUGUUGUGCGGAGUCCGCGAAAAAAAUAUAUUUUGGUGUGUGCGUAACAAUAUGUGUGACGGCGAGCUGGGUUGGAGCAACCCACUGUAUAAAAUAUUUAUACUUUCAUAAACCAACGAGCCCUAGUUAUACAUCAGCAUCGAAUGCCUCCAUAACCGAGACCCGUCAUCAGCAUACCGUGCUUCCAUACAACGCACCAUUCUUCACAACAUGGUUCUGCACUAAUUGGGAAGUAUUAUACUUUCCUGUUUACUUUAUAUGCCGUGCGGUUAGAACGAAAUGCACGACGCCAUCCGAAAUAUUGGCAGAAAGUCUUCGUGGAUUUCGUGACAAGGGUUUCACCGGUGGACGUUUCCUAGUUAAAUGUAGCCUAUUUUGUGGGCUUUGGGUUGUUACCAAUUAUAUGUACAUCUACUCGUUAAGGAUACUUUUGGCCACCGACGUGAUGGCACUGUUCGCAACGAACGUUUCCUGCGUUUAUCUUCUCUCCUGGGUUAUCCUUCAUGAACAAUUCGUUGGAGUUAGGAUAGUGGCAGUGAUCCUAUGUAACACUGGGAUCGCUCUUCUAGCAUAUAUGGAUGGUAUAACAGGGAGUCCCACAUUGGGUGGUGUAGUUCUAGCAACCACAGCAGCAGCCGGAUCCGCUGUUUACAAAGUGGUAUUUAAGAAGGUUAUAGGGGAAACGACAUUUGGUCAAAUGUCAUUAUUCUUUUCACUGAUCGGCCUAUGCAAUGCUGCCCUAUUAUGGCCGAUAUGUUUGGCACUUUAUUUCUCGGGUGCUGAGAGCGUGCAUUGGACACGAUUACCAUGGGCAGCUCUUUUAUCAGCCAGCAUACUUCAUUUAGUUGCAAAUAUGUUAGGAAACUUCAGCAUCGCACUCACAUAUGAUCUAUUCAUAACACUCGGUCUAAUAACGGCUGUCCCCGUAUCAGCAGCUCUGGAUGUCGUUCUUUAUGGAGCGCACUUCAUGGGCAUGAAGCUGGCCGGAAUGAUCUUCAUUGCUGUCGGCUUCUUUCUCGUGAUGUUCCCAGACAACUGGCCCGAUUACAUAACAAGACUCCUUCGAAACAUAGUCCUCAUGAGUCACAAUACAAGUACGACGGAGUAUCAUCAACAAAGAAGAACAACAGUUAGGAGCAGAACGAGCCAACAACGGCAGUACAGAUUGAGGAGCUAUGGGGUCUCGAGCUUGCAUGGCGAUGGACAAACCCUUCUCCCAAUGACCACUAAUAACAACAAUAACAACAAUAAUAACAAUAACAAUAACAACAAUAAUAACAAUAACAACAACAACAACAACAAUACUGCUACCAGUUCGAACUUUAGCAAUCGACAUGUUAACACAUCGUCUCAACAGAACAACAGCUCGACCCCAUCUUCCGAAUCCCAAUCGCGCCGUUGUUUUCCUAUCCCAACCACGAUUUCAACCUCGACCUCGACCUCGACCGCCAUCGUCACCAACAACCAUCGUUGAUCGCACGUCGGCGUCUGCUCGGACGCAGAAAGAUGGAGUAGAAGACAUAGGCAUGGUAUGCCUGGCGGUACAUCCCGCGAUGUGAUAGAUUAUCGUACGGGAUAUAUAAAGUCUCAUCUACGUUCGCCAUCGGGAAGGGUUCGGUGACUAAUUGUAAGCAUUUUCUGAU